CAUUACGCCACUGCCGCAAGCCACAGGCCCUCUUUGGUGCGGGUUUCGCCGGGUAGCCGGGGUCCCUGCCUUGGCCAGGAGGCAUAACUUCAUUUCUCAUCCCUUCCUGGAGUUUGGCCUUUUCAACUUGGAUCCUUGCUCUUUCCCAGGCAUUUUGUCUUCACCUCAAGUCCACAACACCCACCUUGGCUUGGGCCCCGAAACAUCCCAUGGCCAUGUCAUCCCCCCCGGCGCCGCCGGCUAAAAAGCGGAAGAUGAACUUCUCAGAACGGGAAGUGGAGAUAAUCGUGGAGGAACUUGAGCGGAGCAAACACCUGCUUAUCAACCACUUCAACGCCGGUGUGUCGCUGGCUGCCAAGGCCGCUGCCUGGCAUAACAUCCUACGCCGGGUUAACGCUGUUGCCACCUGCCGCCGGGAGCUGCCCGAAGUCAAGAAAAAAUGGUCCGAUCUCAAGACUGAGGUGCGGCGCAAAGUGGCACAGGUCCGGGCCACGAUGGAAGGAGGUGGCGACGGUCAGGAUGGAGGCGGUGAGGGCCAGGAUGCUGAAGAUCCCACAGGCGCUGCAGCUGCCCCAGUGAUACUCACUCCCAUGCAGCAGCGCAUCUGUAACCUGCUGGGAGAAGCCACCAUUAUCAGCCUGCCUGCUGGAGACUGCACUGCUGCAGAUGGGUCAGAAAUACCGAUUACAGCUGCAGCCACUACUGUCACCCUGACUCAGAUUCCAGCAGAGACAACGUACCAUAGUUUGGAGGAUGGUGUUGUGGAGUACUGCACCACAGAAGCCCCCACCACAGUCACAGCCGAAGCCCCCUUGGAGAUGAUGGCUCAGCAGGCGGAGGUCUGUGGGAAGCCCCAGGAGCUGAAGAGCAGAAUUGCCCUGAACUCCGCAAAGCUUCUGCAGGAGCAGCGAGUGACUAACCUGCACGUGAAAGAGAUUGCCCAGCACCUUGAGCAGCAAAAUGAUCUGCUGCAAAUGAUCCGUCGCUCUCAGGAAGUGCAGGCAUGCGCACAGGAGCGCCAGGCCCUGGCCAUGGAAAGGACACAGGCUGCUCUGAGCGCCCUCAUCCAGAUCCUUCGCCCUAUGAUUAAGGACUUCCGUCGGUUUCUGCAGAGCAACACACCCGCCUCGUCGGUGACCGGAGACCCGAGCCAAGCCGCUCAAAAUGGACAAGACAGCAUCAUUCAAUGAAAUGAAGCCUUCCAGACACAGACUUGGUAGAGAGAACAAGCAGGGGGUAUCUCCGACCUUGCCAGCGUGAGUGAACUGGUUCAAUGCCUGCCUCUAGAAGCUGAAAGCCUCUUCUAGAUUAUACCAGGCCUUGCUUCUUUUAAAAAAUUCCUUAAAUGUGUACACAUACAGCCUUUAUUGGGCAUACGUGACAAACUCGUAACUUAACAUUGGGUUUUUAAAAAACCACACAAAAUGAUUGGAAAAAAAUAGAUUUUAUAUAAAAGAAAGCACUUUUUUCUUUAUUGUGUGGAGAAUUACCAUUUCCAGGGUUUUUAGUUUAGAUGGUGAGAUUAUAUGAUGAACACAGAAGAACUGUCAAAGGUAGCAGUUCAAAGGAGUCCUGUCCCUGGUAGAGGGACCCUUGAUGGUAUUAAUUUGUAGCAGAGCAAAUUCACUACGUGUUAUGUUAAAUACAUAGUUUUACAUUGGUGAUUCUGUUUUAACUUUAAAGAGCAGCCAGAGGACUACAGUGUAGGAAGGUAGAGAGGAAGUUAACCCAUUCACUCAAACAGGUAGACAUACUCACACUCACACACACACACACACUCACAGAGCUGCUAUUUGGCAGGGGAAGGAAGCAGCUGCCCUAGCUUGGGGGACGGAUUUUUGUUUGGUUUGCACCACAUGGUGAAGGGAUUUUUUAAAAACAACAACAACAAGCCCUCUCUUACUCCAGUCCCGAGCCUGAUCAGGCCUGUCUGCGACGGCUAUUUCAUGUUGUUGGCGUAACAACACUGUACCAUUUUAAAAACCAACAACACAUUUAUCAUAAUGUGCAGUUUGUCCCAAGGCAAGGUACCUUUGACUCCUCCAUAAUUACUGCUGUCUGUAUCCAGGGUCAGCUUACAGCCCCUUCGUAUGUAGUGUCAGGUGACCUAAACCUACUGACGUUGGUCCAUCUAGCUCAGGGCUGUUGAU